AUGGCGACCCCGCGGAAGACUCAGUCAUCGCCGGUGAACAGGGCCUGGUGGAAAGAGGCCUCUGUCUAUCAGAUCUAUCCGGCGUCGUUCAAAGACUCUAACGGGGAUGGAAUCGGUGAUAUCCCAGGGAUCAUCUCGGAGCUCGACUACCUGAAGGCCCUUGGGGUCGAUCUCGUUUGGCUCUCCCCGAUCCUUCAGUCCCCGCAGGUAGACAUGGGCUACGAUGUUUCUGAUUAUUAUCAAAUCCACGCCCCGUACGGUACGGUCCAAGAUGUGGAUGCGCUCAUUCAAGGGUUACACCAACGAGGGAUGAGAUAUGUCAUGGACCUUGUGGUCAAUCAUACUUCCGACCAGCACGAGUGGUUUAAACGCUCGAGAUCGUCCCGAGACAACGAAUACCGAGACUGGUACAUAUGGAAAAAGCCCAAGUACGGUGCCGAUGGUGUCCGCCAGCCGCCGAAUAACUGGAAAGCCUAUUUUGGAGGCUCGGCAUGGCAGUAUGACGAAACAACGGAUGAAUAUUAUCUGCACCUGUUCGCGCCGGAGCAGCCAGACCUGAACUGGGAAAACCCCCAAGUGCGGUCCGCGGUGCACCAGAUCAUGAGGUAUUGGCUGGACAAAGGCGUCAGUGGAUUCCGCAUGGACGUCAUCAACAUGGUCAGCAAGGACCAAGGCUUCCCGGAUGCGCCCAUCACCGAUGCAAACAGCCAAUGGCAACAUGGGGCGAUGUACUAUUGCUGCGGACCACGUCUCCACGAAUACCUACAAGAACUGGGACGGAUCUUGAAGGAAUAUGAUGCCUUUUCCGUCGGGGAGAUGCCGAAUGUGUAUGAUCCGGCGGAAAUUGGGAAGGCCGUGGGGUUUGACCGCGGCGAAUUAGCCAUGGCGUUCCAAUUCGAGAUCAUGGACAUCGACCAUGGCCCGGCAGGCAAAUUCUCUCCGCACCAAUAUCGCAUGUCGGACCUGAAGCAUAUCGUUUCCAAAUGGCAGGACUUCAUGUACCAGAAUAGGGGCUGGAACGCCCUGUAUCUCGAAAACCACGACCAAGGAAGGACCAUCUCACGGUUUACCUCGGCGGGCCCAGAAUACCGCGCGACGGCAGGGAAGAUGCUGGCCACCUUCCUGGGCCUUCAAGGCGGGACUCCGUUUGUGUACCAGGGCCAGGAAUUAGGCCUGGUGAAUGUGCCAGCAACAUGGGGCAUUGAGAAGUUUCGGGACAUCGAGACUUUGAACCAUUGGGACGAUAUGAUGGCGGCAUAUCCCGACGACAUGGAGCUCCACCAGGUGACAUUAGAACAGUUCCGCAUCAAGUCUCGCGAUAAUGGACGCACCCCGAUGCAAUGGACCAGUGGUAAAUUUGCCGGGUUUACCACUGCACCCAACGGCCCCUGGAUUGAUGUGCAUGACGACUACGAAGACUGGAAUGCCGCGUCCCAGGUGGGCAAGCCACACAGUGUUUUCCAACACUGGGCCCAGGUCCUCGGCCUGCGCAAAGCUUAUCAAGACCUCUUCGUAUAUGGCUCGUACAAAUUGGUGGAUGAAGCGAACGAGGAUCUAUUCGCCUAUCUGCGAAUGUACGGAGGCCAGUCAGCUUUGGUGCUGGCCAACUUCACCGACAAAGACGUGACAUGGGUUGUUCCGGCCGAAACCACUGCAAUUCUUGAAGAUGGCGCUGUGCUGCUGGGAAAUUAUCAGCGCCACCGCCCCGUGCUGCCCGAUGGCACCAUCGCUGUAAAGCCAUUUGAAUCGUUUGUGAUUUUUCUAGAUAGUUCAAGGGCCAGGGUCGGACCUGGUGGGGGGAAGCUCUGA